CCGGCAACACCCAUUCAUGGCUACGCAGCAUGAGCGGCAGCAGCAGCAACCGCUGCACAUCCUCUUCCUCCCUUUCUUCGCGCCUGGGCACCUCCUUCCGGCCGCCGACGUGGCCGCGAUUUUCGCCGCCCGCGGCGCGAGGUGCACCAUCCUCACCACGCCCGUCAACGCCAACAUCAUCCGUCCGGCCGUCGACCGUGCCAACGACGCCCGUACUCUCCAUGGCACCGGUUCCCGAGCAAUCGAUAUCGCCGUGAUGCCGUUCCCCGACGUGGGGCUCCCGCCGGGCGUCGAGAACUACAUGGCCCUUACCACGCUCCAGGUAGACUGCCGCGCCAAGUUCAUGCGAGCCGUGCAGCUGGUCCAAGAACCAUUCCACCGGUUCCUGGCCGCCAACCGCCUCGAUGCCGUCGUGUCCGACAGCUUCUUCAGCUGGUCCGCGGAUGCCGCGGCGGAGCACGGCAUCCCGCGGCUCGUGAUCACCGGUACCAGCGUGUUCGCGCGGUCCUGCAACGAGAGCAUGUUGCGCAACAACCCGUUGCAGACAGCGACGUGUGAGGGCAAUCCUGAAGCUCUUGUUUCGCUCCCGAGGCUGCCGCACCGUGUCGAGCUGCGCCGGAGCCAGAUGAUGGACCCCGGGAAGCAGCCGGAGGCGUGGGCGUUCUACCAGAGCAACAACGCCGCCGACCAGAGGAGCUUCGGCGAGGUGUUCAACAGCUUCCACGAGCUGGAGCCAGACUACGUGGAACACUUCCAGACGACGCUCGGCCGCCGCGCGUUUCUCGUGGGGCCGGUCGCCCUCGCCACCAGAGACAUGGCUGCCAGCGGCGCCAACGUCAACGCAGACGUUAGCAAGGAUUGCUGUCUGCGGUGGCUAGACACGAAGCCCGCCGGCUCAGUGGUGUACGUCUCCUUUGGCACGGCAACACGUUUCUCGCCGGCGGAGCUGCGCGAGAUAUCCCGUGGCCUCGACCUCUCCGGCAAGAACUUCGUGUGGGCCAUUAGUGCCAGCGAAAGCACCGAAUCGUCAGAAUGGAUGCCAGAAGACUUCGCCAAGCUGACGGCAAACGUCAGCGACAGCCGCGGCUUCAUCAUCCGGGGCUGGGCGCCGCAGACGCUCAUCCUGAACCACCCCGCCCUCGGCGGGUUCAUGAUGCACUGCGGCUGGAACUCUGUACUGGAGGCCGUGAGCGCCGGUGCACGCAAGAGAAAUCUCCCUCCACCUCAUCGUACGAAUGCUUGGCCCUGGCGUACCAGUCCCGGUCCAAGGGAACCAGUCGACCUCGAGGCUCGCCGAAGGAGGGGGAGAGGGAGAGGACGAGACGCUUAACCCUAGCGAAAUGCUUGUGAAUGUUAUGUAUCGGCGCAUGAAACCCUAGAUCAGAACUUAGCGUUCCAACGAGGAGCCAAAACCACUUAAGAGGAGGCGGCGACGGGGUAGAAUCGUGAAACUGGGCCACAGGCGGGGGAGAAUCGUGAAACUGGGCCACAGGCCCGGAGUACCAGAGAUGCCAACCAUGCCCCGCCACCAGAGAGGCAACGGCCCACCCUUGCGUAGCCAGUCGCCCAGCUACCGCCGAACAAGGAAGCUCCUCCGAGCUCCCCAAUCCACGCCAACCUACCGCGGGCAGGAUACCCAUGGCAGAGUACACACUCCAACAAGACAGGCUUGAAGCAAUGGCAUCUCAAGACAGUGGCCAACACACAGAGAACGAGCUCCGACCAACGCCGGCAUUGGCCAGCCACCAGUCAGGAGUUUCGACCAACGUCGGCGUUGUAGGAAGUUGUCGUGCCGACGCCGAGCUCAGUAUAUCCGAGCCCUAUCAGAUCUA